AUGGCAGCAAAAGAUAUUUUAAACUUUAAAUUUCAACAAAUUUCGUCCGAAGAGCAGCAAAAUCGUCAAAGAUCCAGCAGCACUGCUGCCUCUUCCGUCGGCGGCGAAAGACUCGCCAGCCAAGACAGCCUCUUCUCUUCUUCUUCUGAGCAUCUUCAGCAGCAAAAUGGGGACUCCGAGGCGCUGGAAGCAGCAGCAGCAGCGCAGCAGCAACACGCAGAGCCCCCACGAACCCCAGCAGCAAACGGAGGCGAAACCUGCUGCUGCAGCAGCAGCAGCAGCCCGCAGCAGCAGCCCUGCGACGGGCCCCCGCUGCUCCCAGCCCUUAGCAGCAGCGCCGCCGUCUGCAGCCCUUGCAGCCUCCAAGAGCAGCAGGCAGCGUCUGUCUGCUGCCUGCGGAGCAGCAGCAGCAGCAGCAGCAGCAGCUGCUGCUGCAGCAGCUGCGUGCUGCCGCAGCAGCAGCCGCUGAGCUGCAUUGUCACUGAGGGCUUUUCAGGCGAAGUGGCUUAUUUGGAAUUUGUGGCUGAGGGGUCUUCUGAUGCACUUGGUGCUGUCGGCUUCUUCGAUGUUUCUCUGAUGGCGUGGCUGUGGGCCCCCGAAGACCCUGAGAUAUCUGCUGCUGCUGCAGCGAUAAACACUGCAGCAGCAAAACUCAACUUGCCGCAGAUCCUUGAGGGUUUGUCGCCCCUGGACACGGGGGUUUCUGCUGCUGAGAGUUUCCUUUGGGCGAAUUGCCUCAAAGCGAAUUCCGCCACAGCAGCAGCAGCUGCUGCGCUGGGGCCCCACAUGCUCUCUGAGGGUUUAUGCAGGGUUUUGGUGGAGCAGGAGGGCCCCGUGGCGCUGCUGCUGUCCCUAAUGGAGGCCACAGGCGUUGCCUGCGACGAGUCUGUUGUGGCGCCCCACAAGGAGAGGCUGCAGGCAGAACUCGAGCACCUUGCUGCUGCUUGCUGCGCGGCUGUUGGCUUUUCUUUUUCUCCUUCUUCUCCUAAACAAGUUGCAGACCUCAUUUACAACAAACUCAAACUGGGGCCCCCCAAAGGGGGCCCCCCGGGGGGCCCCCCAGGGGGGCCCCCAGGGGGGCCCCCCCGGGGGCCCCUGGAGGGGCCCCCUGGAGGGUUUCAAGUGGAGGGUUUGAAGCAGCAGUGCACUGAUGACAAUGUUCUUCAAGCGCAUUUUUGCGGCCCUGGACGCUUGAGUGGGCUUUUUGCAAAAAGGGAAAAAGACGUCUACAAAGAAAUGGCAGCAGAAUUCACCAAAGUCCAGGUCGAGCAGGUUACGCCUCAACUCAGAAACAGCGCCAAAGUGGUUUGCCUCUCGCUGCUGUACGGCGGCGGGCUGCAGCCAAUUUGCCAGCAGCUUUCCGUGGGGCCCGAAGAAGCCCAAAAGAUUCGCCAGCAAUUUUCUUCUUCUUUUCCAGAAGUUUCAAAAUUCGCAAAAGACGCCAUUCAAAACGCGAGAAAACACGGAUUCCUCACCACCCUCGCAGGCCGCCGUCGCCGCGUGGGUGCGGAUUUGCGGGAAAGUUCUUCUUUGCAGCGGCAGGCGGUGAAUUACAUAAUUCAGGGGAGCGCGAGUGACGUAAUAAAGCGGGCGAUGCUGCGGGUCCAGCGGGCUUUCCAGGCGAGCAACUUCUGCGCGCGACCCCGCCUGCUGCUUUCCCUACACGACGAGAUCAUCGUCGAGUGCCGCAACGAAGAAAAAGAAAGAGUCAAAUUCAUUUUGAAACGCGAAAUGGAAAGCGCAAUGAAGCUCUCCGUGCCGCUGGCCGUGGUCGUGAAGACCGGGCCGAGCUGGGGCGAUCUCGACGAAUGA